AUGGCAUUCCAUCAAUCGGAAAUCCUGGGCACACUCUUUGAAUCCACUAUCAGCUCAGCCUAUGAUUCGUUCGUCCAGCAAACUGUUGCUAUUAGGAAGAUCAUAGAUCCGUUUUCCACUGUCACCCUGGCUAAACGCACUUUCCUAGAGGUUAAGCUCUUGAAGCAACUGCUGCAUGAGAAUCUUAUUUGUUUGUCCGAUGUCUUUAUCUCUCCAUCGGAGGAGGUAUACCUUGUCAUUGAGCCUGUGGGAUGCGACCUCGGCCGGAUCAUCAAGCAUACGCGCCUGGAUGAAACAACAACAAAAUUCUUUAUGUACCAAAUUAUGCGAGGACUGAAAUAUCUCCACUCGGCCGGGGUGAUGCAUUACGACCUCCAGCCAAGUAACCUUCUAGUCAACCAAGAGAACACUUUGAAGAUUUGCGACUUUGGCAUAACCAUCCUGGGAGAAUCGCAGACGGUGGGUUAUGUUCCAUCGAAAUUUUACAGAGCGCCAGAAAGUAAUAUGCUGGCAUGGCAGCCACAUGGGUUGCGAGUGGAUGUAUGGAGUGCAGGGUGUAUUUUUGCCGAGAUGUUGCGCGGCGUGCCCCUAUUCCCCGGAGCGGACCAGCUCAAUCAGCUCAACCUGACCACGGAUGCGAUUGGCGACCCUCCCCAGGAGUUCAUAGACAGGAUAACGAGCAAAAUUACACGAGAGUUUGUGGACUCACUGCCAAAGAAGGGCCCAUAUUCACAUCAGUUAAAAACUAUUUUUGCGGGAUUCGAGGAGAGUGCCGUGGACCUCCUCGAAAAGAUACUAGUGUUUACACCUGAAAAGAGAAUUUCCGCCGGCGACGCUUUGCAACAUCCGUACCUAGCCCUGUACCAUGACCCCAGUAAUGAGCCUGUGGCAGAAAUACAGUUCGACUGGUCCUUCAAAGAUGCCGAUAUUCCCAAAGAGACAUGGCGGGCCAUGAUAUAUGCCGAAGCUGAACACUUCUGCACAACCAUGCUGAUGGCCAUAAAUGACCUAAGUGGAUUAGCAUGGAAUAACUAG